CUUCGGUCCAAAGUAACGUUUUAACCCUCCAAAUGCAGCCCGGAUUAUUAGAAUAACUCAUAGCGUAACCUUACUCAGAGUGAAUAUAAAGUAGGCCGCAGCUGUUUACGCUUAACAUAAGUUUGAUGAAACAGCUGGAAAAACCUGUGGAUGUUAGCUGACGAAUGUUGUAUCCGUUUAUGUCAUAACGGUUCAAAGUUUAAAAAGUACAGCUACGGUUUGAAUAGUUAGGAAAUUAUAAUAAUUGAAAGUACGGAUUCAUUUACAGUGGUUUGUACCUGCCUGGUUAGUGGUUAGCGGAUGAAAACUGCGGCUAAAUGAAUGUUGGCGUAGCUCACAGUGAGGUGAACCCCAACACGCGGGUGAUGAACAGCAGGGGAAUAUGGCUCACCUAUCUGUUACUGACGGUGGUUCUGCACAUUGUUCUGCUCAGCAUUCCUUUCUUCUCGGUGCCGCUCGUCUGGACGCUCACCAACGUUAUCCACAACCUGGCGAUGUACCUGUUCCUGCACACAGUGAAGGGCACUCCCUUCGAAACUCCAGACCAGGGCAAAGCACGUCUGCUCACGCACUGGGAACAGAUGGACUACGGCGUCCAAUUCACUUCUUCACGCAAGUUUCUCACCAUCUCACCAAUUGUUCUGCACAUUCUUGCCAGUUUCUACACGAAAUACGAUGCGACGCAUUUUUUAAUCAACACAUGCUCCCUGAUGACCGUCCUAAUCCCAAAGCUGCCGCAGCUUCACGGAGUACGGAUAUUUGGCAUCAACAAAUACUGACGCACCCUAAAACCAGGACUUUAUCCACAAAAACUGGACUUAAAGUUGUUCUGCUCCUGCUGAACUGUUUUCUGAGUAACAGUUUGAGGAGACGGAGAUAAAAACUGAGGACUACCCUGAACGCCUGGAGAAACUGAAUGCACUGUUUCAUCAAAGUGUUUCUCAUACUAAAACAAGAUCCGUUGCUCGUGUUUUUGAAGGUUAAAAAUGCACUGGUUUUAUUUUGUGAUGUUUGUUCACCUUUUUUCUUUUUCUUUUUGCACUGGCUGCAACUGUGUAAAGCUGAGUUUAUUUGCCAUAAUUAUAAACCAGUUUUUUUCUACUCAAUCCAGCAUGCAUUUACAUGCCUUCAAUAAAUAUUUUACUGUGAUAUACAGAAAAAAGUAAAGUGGAUAUCAUCUUAGAAACCUGCCAGCUCUGAAUACAGGACAGGAUUUUGUAGAAUCCACUUGGUCCAGGGUUUCUACAAGUUUCACAAACUCAAAUUUGAGACUUUUUAAGACUAUUCUGAAUGGAUUUUAAGACCUGUAGCAGAACAGAAAUGUACAAAAGAAAACUGCAAAUAAAUGAAUCGAACCGUUUGGCAACAGAAGUGAGCCAAUGGCAAGAAUGAACGUCGUCCAGUCAACUGCAGAUAAAUAAAUUUCUACUUACCCAUAAUGGAUGUAAAAAAGCUAGCUAGCUGAUUAACAGCUAGUUAUUAGCUACUUAUGGUUGUUACCACUUUAAAUCAUCGUAAUGCAGUGAAGAUGUCUGUGCACAUCUCAGUUUGUGUAGCAGUAAAAUCCUGCAAGGAAAAUGAAAACUACAUGGAAUGAGGUUAAAUAGUAAUGCCACAACAAAUUUAAGACCGGCGAUUAACAUAUUUAAGGCCAACUUAUUGUUUUUCAAUCAAUUUAAGACAUUUUAAGGUCUUUAUUUUAUAUUAAUAAAUUUAAGAGAAUCCUCUUCAUGCUGUUAGAUGGCAUUAAAUCAUUUAAUCUUCUUUUGGGAUAAAUAUAUUAUUUUCAGGGUUUAUGGAGGUUUCACCUACUCAAAUUUAAGAUUUUUUAGGACCAUGUGAAUACAAUUUAAGACCUAUAUCACAAGAGAUGUACACAGCAAAUGAAGGGGACUAAAACUAACAUUUCCGGGAUCAAUUUGUGGCACUUGGCAGUAGCUUUGUGCUUUUCACAUGUCAUAUAGCCAUCUUCCAUUAGCAUCUUGUUACUGUUAGCCUUAACAGCUUUGAGUCACAGAACGCAGUGAGUGAAGAUUUCAGAGCAAAAGUCUUGUAAGAAAAAACAGAAUAUAUUACAGUAAUUAGUCCUACCACAAGCAAAAUUUAAGACCUCUGAUUGAUGUUUUUAAGGCCAACUUAUUGUUUUUCAAUUAAUUUAAGACAUUUUAAGGCCUUAAUUUUAUAUUGAUAAAUUUAAGAGAAUCAUCUUCAUGGUCUCAAAUGACAUUAAAUCUCAUAUUUAAGAUUUCUUUAGGACCAUUACGAAUAAAAUUUAAGACCUUUAUCACAAGCAAUGUAAAAAAAAAAAAAAGAUGGGGCCAGGGGGAACCAAAACAAAAAUUUCUGGGGUCAAUGUGUGGCACUUGGCAGUAGUUUUAUGGUUUUUCACAUGGCAUAUGGACAUGUGAGCAGGCCAUAUGCCUUAUCAGAAGGCAUAAGGCCAUGCGAGAAGGCUGUAUGUCUUCUCGCAUGGCCUUAUGCCAUGUAAAAAUAUGUCCAUGUGACAUCUUUCAUCAUCAGUGAGUGGAGAUGUCAGUGCAAAAGUCCCAUAAGAAAAAAACAGAGAAUAUAUAACAUUAAUUAGUUCUGCCACAACAAAAUGUAAGACCUGUGAUUAAUGUUUUAAGGCUAAUUUGCUGUUUUUCCAAUAAAUUUAAGACAUUUCAAGGCCUUAAUUUUAGAUACUUAAGACUUUGUAAGCAUCCCAUUGGUCCCAAUUUUCAAGCUGUGGGGAAGUCCAGACGCUUUACAUGAGGAGGCCGACACAGUUUUCUCCAUAUGCUCAUAUAUCCAAGGGGUUCCCCCCCUUCCGCAUUCAAUAGAGUCCUGUGUGCAUUGGAGAAAGGGUUUCCCUGUUUGUAAUGCAUGUUUCGGGGAAGUAGUUCAAAGGGAACACAGCGCAGUGUGAAUGUUGCCUGGGUUGAGCUGAGCCUGGGAAAUACAUGCAAAUAUUGCUCGCUGUAUCAGCUGUUUUAAACCUGAUGAGUAAUUGUUUGCAAGCAUUUCCAACGGUGUUGAUCGCUGCGUGGACACACGCAGGUCAUAAAGAAACCUGCAGUGGGAUUCUCGCUGCUGCUGCCUUUAAAUGUCACAGUGUCCCCAAGAUGUCACUGAAACUAGAGUGGGAGAGUAAAAGAGAAAGGAUAAACGUUGGGUUUUCUUUUUCAAACGUAGAUUGUGCUUGAUGAAAGAUAACGUUAUCUGCUCUGAAAAGCUGUUUUUCUUUUUUUUUUAUUUAUUCCUGGCUCAGCUUCUGCUUUGAAUUUAACAUCAGUCAUACCGACAGUUCCUGAGCAACAGAUUUAAAAAGUUUCAGUGCACAGCAAGUUGUUUGUUUAAAGUUUUGAAUUUACUUGGAAAGACAAAUAUGUUUUAGGUUAUCAACAGAUAUGAAAAAGGUCAAAAAUUUCUCCUGCGUUAUCUUUGAUCUUGUUAUGCAGAUUACCAAGCACAACUUUUUAAAAAAUGUGGUAAAAACAUGAGUUUUACUUAGAAAUCAACACUCAACAGACAUUUCAUUUAUUUGGGGCUUUGAUGCAUUUUGAAAGUGUAUUUUAUUCAGGCUGUAAUGACUAUGCACCAUAUAUUUAUGGAUCAAUGAGAAUAAAAUCAAGAGUUGGAUGCUAAAGAUUAAA